AUGUUUCUCAAACUCCUAAACUGUAAACCUUCUCUCUGGAUCUAUAUCCUCUUUGGAAUUAUCCAUACGCAUUACCAAAUAAUAUCUAUCUAUCUAUCUAUCUAUCUAUCUAUCUAUCUAUCUACAAUAAUAAUAUCAUCAUCUAUAUAUAACUUUUUUAAUUUUUUAAUAUUUUUUUUAUUGUUCAAUAUCUCUCUCUCUCUCUCUAUCUAUCUAUCUAUCUAUCUAUCUAUCUAUCUAUCUAUCUAUCUAUCUAUAUAUCAAAACUCAUUUUGCAGAGCUGUAAGUCCACGCAAUAUGACGAUAUAUACCGAAACACCGGCAAAGUGUAAGAUGACGAACCUUGCGGAAGGAGACAGAUGGCGUCCCUCAUUGGCAACAAGUAAUGCGGACGACGAAAGAUUUUGGCGGGAAGCCAUCUCACGAUCAACAGAAAGAAGAAAUAAAAAAAAAAUCGUGUCCCUUCGAACUUGUUUGCCUUCAUUUCAUGUUCCUUUCUUAUUUCAUGUUCCUUUUUAUCACUCACUUUCUUUUUUUAACAUUUCCUUUCUUUCUUUCUUUCUUUCUUUCUCUUAUUUCUUUCUUUUUUCUUUCUUUCUUUCUUACACCCAGCUUCCUCUUUCUUUCUUUCUUUCUUUCUUUCUUUCUUUCUUUCUUUCUUUCUUUCUUUCUUUCUUAAACCUCCAUUCUUUCUUUUUUAACUGUCAGACUAUUCUUCAGCCGAAUUCUUUCUUUCUAAGACCCAUUUUCUUUCUUUUUAAACAUUUCCUUUUUCUUUUUAUAUCCUUUCUUUCUUUCUUUCUUUCUUUCUUUCUUUCUUUCUUUCUUCAUAAGCAUUGA